AUGAGUCCAUCAGCAAAGAAGAGGCCCAAGAAUAGAAUGGUUUCCAAGAUACAAGAUGAAGAACCACAGGACAAAAUACCACAACCUGUCAAAGUAAUCGGGCGGAACCGACUUAAGAUGGUAUUAAAAAACUUGUCGCUCUUGAAGCUGCUCAAGAGCUCAAACCCCCGGAUCCAAGAACUGCAUAGCCUGGCCAAAAGGUGUUGGAAUUCACUGCUCAGAGUUCCGAAGAUCCUUGGGAUCUCCACUGGGAGCAGCAGCGUCUGCGAUAGAGUGGAACAAGAUAACGAAGAGCUCCAAGAGGCUGGGUGCCCCAGGAAGAUACCGGAAUUAGAGUGCCCAGGGGAGCCCCCGGUGGGGUUAGCGGGGGGGAACAGGGCGCACCAGCCGCCCGUGGCAGCGCACCAGAGCGAGGAGCAGGUGGAGCCUGAGCUCCCAAGGACAUCAAAGGGUCAUGACCUGACCGCUUGCCCUGGAGCCCAGGGGAGGCAAUCACCCACUGGGGACCCCCGCAUUGUCUUCCUGAAGACCUACCAGCACAGAACUCCCAUGGGGGACAAGAAGCAGAUGGAAGCAGCUGACCAGUGGAUCUGGUUUGAGGGGCUGCCCACACGAAUCCACCUCCCAGGGCCUCGGGUGAUGUGCAGAUCAUCUGCCCUGCGCUGGGUCAAGCGCUGCUGUACCCGCUUCUGCUCUGCAUCACUUGAGCUACCUAUGUGCCAUCCAUACAGAGUGGCGUGA